AUGUUGUUAAGUAUAAAAACUAUAUUAUGGAUGUACUCUACAUUAGUUAUAACAGAUAUGCUACCUAAAGCUAAAGCAGAAAAAACCACCAUGAUAAAGGGAUCCCUCUCUGGAACUUCAGUCCUGCCGUGCCUCUUUUCAACCACACCCACUGUUUCCUCCAGCUAUGCAGCUGAGUAUCUUCGAAUCAAAUGGUCAAAGGUUGAACUGGAUAAAAGUGGAAAAGAUGCAAAAGAAACCACAGUCCUUGUGGCCCAGAAUGGCAACAUCAAAAUAGGUCAAAGCUACAAAGACAGAGUGUCUGUUCCAACCCAUUCAGAGGAGACUGGUGAUGCUUCACUGACUUUUUCUAAGCUGCGUGCAAGUGAUGCAGGAGUGUAUCGCUGUGAUGUUAUGUAUGGAGUUGAAGACACUCAAGGCAUUGUAUCACUGGCUGUUGAGGGUGUUGUAUUUCACUAUCGUGCAGCAACCAGCAGGUAUACUUUGAAUUUUAUGCAAGCUCAGCAGACUUGUCUGGACAAUGGUGCUGUCAUAGCAAGCCCAGAACAACUGAAAGCAGCCUACGAAGAUGGAUUUGAGCAAUGUGAUGCUGGCUGGUUGUCUGACCAGACUGUUAGGUACCCAAUUAGACAUCCAAGAAUAGGCUGCUUUGGAGAUAAAAUGGGAAAAAAAGGAGUCAGAACAUACGGACGCCGUUUUCCUAAUGAAACUUACGAUGUGUACUGCUAUGUUGAACGCAUGGAAG